UGCAAUUGAAAUUGAAAAUCAAAAAUCAAACACCGACUCCGACCACUUUUGAGUUCUUGCAGAAUGUAACAACAAAAAGAAAUAAGUUCACUAACUACCUGUUGAUAUUAUUAAAGGUAAAUGAAGUGCAUUACACAUUGAGCUUGAGCUAGUCCUUAUCCAUAAAUACAUAGAAGCCUUAUGUUUGUACUCAUCCAGCUCAUUGCAAAUUAAACAUCAAUUAUGAAUAGGAGCCACUUUGAUAUUCUACUCGUCAGGGCAAGAACUGCUUGAGGCUCAAAAUGGAAGAGGAAUCGCAGACGGAAGCAACUGGUGAGGCUUCGGAGGCACAGCCAAAGGAACCGAAGGCAGCUAGCGAUACUCCUCAACCACCCAGUCCGAAUGCACUUAAAGUUGCAGCGACAGAAUGUCUCAACAGCUGGAUUUAUUAUUUGCAGAUGCUAAACAGCUUAUGCUUGGCUGGUGCGAAACUGUCUCAUUCGCUAUUCAAUCUGGCGCAAUCCCAGAACAUCUCGCUCGCCACCCAGUGUCAAGCGAGCUGGGACGAGCUAACCAAAGCAACUACCUACGCCAGCCAUACGGUAAAAGCGCACAUCGCGGCCGCAAUGCAAGAUAUGAUUAUCGGCGAGACGUUCACAGAGGACGACGCGCAGCGGCAGCAAGAGCAUAACCAACAGAUUAUCGCCGAGAAUCUGCUCACCUUCAUCAAUUUGCAGUAUCAGUUCUCGAUCGCGAGCUGCGAGUGCAUGGGGCCCAUGGCGAUGUGUCCAUCCUGUCAAACGACGCCUGGCGGACAGCACGACCCCGAGUGCAGCAUGGCCGCCUUGCAACAGUGCUUUUCCCAGUUCUACUCAAGCGAGCCGCGUUCGCUUAUGUCCAGUCCUCAUUUCGCCGACAGUCCCAAGGGGCCCGAGGUGAAAAUGCACGAACAUCCUCGACAGCACAGUCCGAUAAAUAUCGCCGAACCUCGCGGUUCGUCGCCCUACAAUGAGCCGUUCAGAGGAUCCAGUCCGGUUCACGGCUUUAUCGGUCACUCGGAGGUGAUUCGCGGUCCGUUCCCCAAUCCGGGUCAGCUGCACACGAUGAAGUCGCCUUUUCCGAUGCGCGGCUCACGCUCCCCCUUACACUUCCCGUUAUUUCCUCUUGCUGGUCAAAGGAGAUGGUCGGAAGCGGCCGCCGGGGAUGUUGGUGGGGAGAGUAGCGACAGUACGAUGAGAAGAUGGUCAAUGCCGUGGGAUUGUGGAAGGGUCGAAACGGCGCCCUGGCAACAAAGAUACUUUCCCACCAAGUUGGUGGUGCCUGGAACAAGUGAUCGAAGUAGAAGUACUACCCCAGAAGCAGUUGCUCCUCAGCCAGGCACAAUAACUAGUGGAGAAGGACUGGCCGAAGCUAUUCAGUUACUCUCGUGUAGACCAAUGCGAUGUGCCAUACCGCAUGGUCCCACAUCAUGGGGAGAAGGACACGAAGAACGUUUACCCAGGCGUGCGUACCCGGGGCCAUUGCAAAGAGGUAUCUGGCAAUCGAUAGACGUACCACCUACAAGUGGUAUGUCGGUCACCGAACACUACGACAUAUUUCCCCCGGUUAUUCCCCUAACUUCCCGCAAAAGCAGCUCCUCCACCGACUCCUCCUCCUGCCUGUCCAUUCACAGCAGAUCCACAACAAGCUCCUCGGAACGAGGAUCCGAUGCAGGAGGCGGUCCGACUGCACACAAACCUCUAUUCGAUUUGGAGUGGCAGCGAUCAUUUACCCUUCAUUCGUUUACCUGAAUCGCAGGAGCCGCAGGACGAUAGCGAUACCGAAGAUACGCCAACGGAUCAGGUCGGUCAACCUUUAUUCCCAAAACCUUCCUAAGAUGGGGAUUCAACGGUUUUCUUGAGAGUUAGGUAUAUGGAUCGAUCAUUGAAGAUCUCGAACCGCGUGACGCCCUUAAGAUAUUUGUCUAAAGCACUGCCAUUUGAAGCAAGUUCUUAACAUUAGUAACAUACAAACAUAAUCACUAAAACAGUUUGAGAUCUUUUGUGAUAGCGGGGAUGGUACUAAAAACAACCUGUCAUAGUUUCCUGCCCUUAUUUGAAUUAUUAUUGAGCUGUUUCUGCCCUUAUUACUAGAUGAAUGUGAAUAGCAACAAAGUGAUUAACAGGCAGCUGCAAAUCCCAAGUUACAGAGUGUAAUCUUUUGUACUUCCAUCAAUAAGAUUAUACACUCAGUAUAAACCAAUGAAUAGUUCACGUGUUUGCCAUAUCCAUUUGCAAUUUCUUGUUCUUCUAUCACGAACAGUAUUACAGAACUAAAAGGUUCACGUGAUACCCUCAUCGCAAGCUAGCCUCAAAAAUGUUUGUGAUACCUCUCCCACACUGCCAAACGUUUUUCCAGGUUAUCCUUUGUAUGUGGUACGGAGUGUACAUUUGCACUGAAAUGGGGCCAUUAUUUUUCUUGUAGUCUAUAAGUUUAUUAUACAGAGUGCCAUAUUGUUUCUGAGUUAUUUGGACCUGAAAACGUAAUCAUAAUAAGGCACCCUGUAUAUUUACAAGUACUCUCUGUGAAUAGUGGUGCUUUAAUAACUGUGCAGGUAAUUAGAAUAGAUGUGCUAACUGUUUUACAUGUUACAGUGUUCGGCGGCUUUUUACUCGCCCUUUACACUUUAAAAUAAUUGCUGUUUGUUAUACAGGAUGUCCUGUAGAUUUCAGGAUAGACUUUGCGGUUGAACAUUCCCUUUUUGCACAUAAAGUGUAAUAGUUUGGUCGAACUCACUAACAAACUGAUAUUUCGAUCAUCCAAAGAAUGACUAUUCUAUGGUAUUUUACUUGACUAGACAUAACUGUGUGCAUGGGCGUCCAUCAAAAUAUGCCUCCCCCCCCUCUCCCAGAGGUUCGGUCACAUGUAUUGAGAUUUUUUACUUGACAUUGAAAAACAUUGGGUGGAGAUAGGGGGCUUGAGUCUCUUCUUGUCAGAAUUGAAGGGCAUCCAUGACAGUAUGCAGAACAUUUCUCAAAUUAUCAUCUUUCCGUGGUUAGGUCGUCUAGCGUAAGUAUUCAGGUGGCAUACCAACUAAAACAUACAUUUCGGCUUUCCUAUACUGGGUGUUUUUUUGAGAGUUGUAAUUAAACGUUAAUUGGAAAGUGAGGUAGGUUCUUGAAAAUUUGUACUUAGGAGUUACUCUGAAAGCCGAACCGAUGUAAAAUAUUUUCAAAAUGGUGGCACUUCCGGAAAUACCAGGUGAGUAAACAUUUAGGGAAAGAUUCUUUGGGGUAAUUGCCACCAGAGCGCAGCCUCACGUUCCGAGUAGAGGUAGGCUUGACUUAUGGCAAUCAGAUAGAAGGAUAAGAAGAUGAACUACCACUGGGAAGCAGUCUCACAACCCCUAAGGAGGAAAGACUUAACUUAUGGUAGUCCGGAUAGAAGGGUAGUAAGUUACUACUUCUAUCCCGUACUGUACCCGUUUUAUACAAUUUGUUUUUUAAUAAAAUUUACAGCGCUUCUAAAAAAAGUUAAUUAUCCAAACAUACCAGUUUAUAAUAAUAAUAAUAAUAGAGAUUUAUUGCCCAACAGAGUAGGAGUGGGAGUAAAAUUAAUUGUUUACAGGCACUGUCAUAAUUGUAACUAGCUUAGUUAAAGUUUGACCACUGACAUAUUUGCGUCUGCUGUUUCGCAAAUGUUGCUUAUAACGAACGAUGCAAACUGUUAAUAUUGCUUCUUGAUCUAUACACGCAAAUAAAUUACGAAAUUAAUUUAAACUUAUGUUUUCUGGAUACUAAUAAUUUGGAGAGUAGUUACUUUAAAUGCGAAUCCCUAUUUUUGAUUGCAUUUUUGGAUUCCUCGUGAAAUUUCAGUUCUUUUGAUACCCACCUGUCGAUAAGUACAUUGUACAAUGUAUGCUUUUUAAGUUAUUUUGGCUUAAAAAAAUGGCGGAUGCAGACGGUAUCUUGAAAAUUGAUUACUUGAUUAUGUGGAUUUUUGGAAUUUUAUUUUAUUUAUCGUGAAGUGGACAGAAUCGCGGCAUAUGGUUGCUGUACGUUUGUUGGGUGAUAUCCAGACAGACCCCAUUCUAAUGAUCAUACCAUUGGAACACUGGAACGAAAUUGAUUUAAUUUUGGAAACUUCGUAUCCCUAAACCAACUUCAUAGACCCAGACCCAAUGUUGAAAAUGCGGCUAAUAUUCUAGAGACCUAUACACAGUUAUUAUUUAGAUUCCAUUGUAGCAGUUACUAGCUGCGUCCAGUUAUUCUGGAAGUGCCACAUAUGUAGGUGUUUUACAUCGAUUGAGCUUUCAGAGUAACUCCUAAGUACAAAUUUUCAAAAACCUUCCAUUUCACUUUCCUAGAAACGUCUAACCAAAAAACCCCCUGUAUAAUGCAAUAUAUCGCCCGAAAACAAAAUGUGAUUUUAAUGAACUUGGCUGUCCAUCCUUUUCUCUCUUGUGCUUACUUCUCACUGGAAACCUUUUGCUUUCGCUGUUCCUGUUCUUUGGGAUUCUUUAAUUGUAUUAUUUAUAGUCAUGUUGGCUGGUAUAUGGUAAAGUGGAAACAUAUCUUCUACGUUAUUUUGAUUGUUUAAAUAUUUGAAUUUUUCUUGCUUCAGGGAAACAACAAUUUUUGGGGUCUCGUAUUAUUAUAUAGAACAGAAAAGGCUAUCGAAUACCGAAAUCAAGUAGUGGCACUUUGAAAUUCGAAAAAUCUACCAUUUCAUUACGAACAUCCUGUAUUUAAUUAAUUAACAUUAUUGCUCAAAUUUAUUUCUUAACAUAUGCUUGUGGGGAAUUAUUCGGAAAAA